UGCCAACAUAAAAAUGACCUAACGGGUUAAAGUACAAAUGAUUGUUAUCAGUUGUUUAUAGGUUGUUUAAACAAUUUUGUAACAAAAUUUCGUUUUAAAUGUCGUACCGACGAGAAGUAGUUCAGCUUUAUAAAACAUUGUUACACUUGGGGAAAGAUUAUCCAUCCGGUUAUGAUUUCUUCCGCAAACGUUUACACCGAGCAUUCAUGAAAAAUAAAGAUGAGAAUGAUCCAGAAAAAAUCAAAAACAUGAUCGCUCAUGGCCAGUAUAUAGUAAAAGAGUUGGAAGCUUUGUACAUGCUGAAAAAGUAUAGAACUUUAAAGCGAAGAUACGAUCUGUGAUGGAUGAUGGAUGAAACACACACAAACUGGUCAACAGGACGAGUGAUAUGAUUUAUUUAGUUUGUUUUUUGUCUACUUAACAAGAGCAAGGUUGCCACAUUUUAUUAAUUUCACAAUAUAAUAAUAUUAUCAUACUUAUUGUUCUUUAAUAACAUUGAAAAAUCAACUAUACAAUGUAAUAAUAAGUAAUAAUAAUAAAGUGCUAUGAUGCUAUAUCUAGAUAAGGAAA